AAGAGAGAGAGAGACGGAAGAGAAGGAAGAAAAGGAAGUAAUGGAAAAAGAAGAAGAGAAAAUAGAAAGAGAAGAAAAGAGAGGAAAAGAGAGGAAAAGAGAGGAAAGAAAGAGAAACAGAGCUCAACCCAAACCCAAUACAUUUUAAAGAAACUUGUUUAUAAUGAAAGUUGCCAUUUCUCCUCCUCUCUCUACAUGAUUGGUUGAUAAGACAACAUGGAAACUCCACCUUUCCAUGAAUUUGUACGAUUGUACAAGUUGAUGUUAUUGUCGUUUGCCAAAGAGUUCAAGUCACUGUUGAAGCAUCAAAAGCAAGUUUUGUUUUCAACAACAUCAACAACAUGGACAUGAAUGCGUUUAACCAACUACCAGUUACUAAACAAAGUGUUCCCAUCACCAGCCAUCAUCAUCACAACCAUCACACCAAUAGUAACAACAACACCAACACCGCAAGUACCAACGGAAAUAGUAACAACACAAGUUCUGCCCAACAUGCCAAUAUGCAACAGUGUAGAGCUCAACGGAAUUAUUCACAUGCUAAACCACCUUAUUCAUACAUCAGUUUAAUCACAAUGGCCAUUCAGCAGUCGCCCUCAAAGAUGUUGACUCUCUCAGAGAUUUAUCAGUUCAUCAUGGAAUUAUUUCCCUACUAUAGACAAAAUCAGCAGCGAUGGCAAAAUUCAAUUCGACACUCUUUGUCGUUCAAUGAUUGUUUUUUAAAAGUGCCGAGGACGCCAGAUAAACCUGGCAAAGGUUCGUUCUGGACACUUCACCCAGAGUCGGGUAACAUGUUUGAAAAUGGGUGCUACCUACGACGACAAAAAAGAUUCAAAUGUCUCAAAUCUGAAUCUACAUCAUCAUCAUCUUCUUCAUCAUCAAACAAAAACAUUACAACUGUUUCAACAUCACCUUCUUCAUCAAACUCACUUUCCAAUCAAAAUCUUUCAACUUUACAAGACCAUCCACAUGAUCAUCCACUCCACCAACAAACACCUGAACAACCAUCUCAGUUACCCCAUGAAAUUGUUCUGAAUCACCAUCAACAACAAGAACACCAACAACAACACCAGCAACAUCAGCCACAACAACAUAUUCGACUUGAGAAUCAACCUCAUCCACAUCAUCAACCUCAUUAUCAACAAUAUUUUGAAGACCAACAUCACUUCCAACAUAAUUAUUUCCACCACCACCAGUAUCAACCACAACCACCUUAUCCCCAUCAUCCUUUUUCCAUUAACAACAUUAUCUCUUCACCCUAUGUUAAUGACAUUAUAAAUUAUUAAAUUUCAACUUUUUCAGAAAAAUGACUUUCUCAAAAUUCACAAAAGUUACACCUACCAUCUAAUAAUUGAGACGGAAACACGAAAUCAUUAGAAGUUCAUCUUGAAAUGACAUAUCAUUGCUUUUUGAGAGCUAACCAAGCUAUAACUCUAGUACAAUAAUUGAAUAGAAACAAAAUCCAAGUUAAAAGUAUUUAUUAGAUGAAAGUAGAAAUUUAUUUGAAUAUUUUUCCUUGAUUGAACUUCUUGCCAUCGAAGUCUCCUUCCCAGCUGAAGUACUCUUUAACCUUCUUUUUAGUAUCAUCAGAGUUGGGGUCCAAUUUUACCCAGUUAUACGAUUCGUAAUCAAUUUGCCAGUCAGGUGAAAGCUGAAUGAAAUGAAACAAUUCGAUGAGAAAAGGAAAGCAAAAUACAAAACAUUAUACAGCUAACAUGACUAAAUUAAACUGCCAACUUUCAUAUAAAACUUGUAUUUAUUCAAGAUUUAAUGCAUCUCCUAAUGAAAAUAGUAGAUCUAUGGAGUUAGCAGUCUAAUUAAGUGGUGACUGUAGGAAAUUGACUACAAAGAAAUUACUAAAUACCCUGAAAGCAAGAUCUUGACCACGCCAAACCCAAACUCCUGAGAUAGAGCAUUUGUUCAAAGCAGAGCAAAGAUUCAAAAUGAGAAAAUUUUACAAAAUACAUCAUAAAUUUAAUAAAUUUCAAUUUUCGUAGCAAAA